AGACAUUUUUAUUUGUUGCCUGACAAUCAUAUUGCAAAACUGGUAUUUUAUAUGUCGACUGUCCAUAAAUGGAAAACGAAUACAUUCCUGACACAAGAGUUUGAAAGAGGAAGUAACAGUUUAACAAUGAUGGUAGUGCAACGGAUCCUCGUUCUCUCUGUUUUUGUCUCAUUUGCAGUGUCCCAUGAGGAGUUAAGGCUUAUUGGCACUUCAGUUCAAAUGGAUGCACAGGACCAUGAAUCUACAUUUGAGGAGUUCAUUUGGAGAUUUAACAAAACAAUAAAUCUGAUAAAAUAUUAUAAUGAGACAAAAAAAAUGAGAGUAAACCCCUCUUAUGAAGGGAGAGUAGAGUUCAAUAUUGAAACCUACAGUCUGACACUGAAGAACUUGCAGAAGAAGGACAGUGGACUGUAUGAAGCACAAGUAUCUCAUUUCAACGACAAGAUAGUUGCUAUGUACUCUCUCUCCGUGUUGGACCCAGUGGAGACUCCUGGCCUUACUUAUGUUCUAGACAAGCAAAUUGGUGAUCCCUGUAAUAUAAGUCUCACCUGUAAAGGUCAUGGCCUCUCAGUCAUCUCUAGCUGUUUUAAUAAAACCUGUGAGAAGAAUAAAAAUAUAACACGUGAAGGCAUCACCCUUUACCUGUCUGUCAUAAACAGCAGCUCAGUCAUCUGCAACAUUAGCAACCCAGUCAGCUGGAACAUGAGUGCCAUCGAGAUGAAAGACCUUAAACAAGUCUGUCAUCGCAAAGGUGCAGUAGAAAAAGAAGAUCAAGCCAUCCCUGGAUUAUAUUACCCAUUGUUGCUCAUAGCUGUCAUACUUGUGGUGGUUGUUGUCAUUGGGGUCCUGAUGAAAAAGAAACCAUGCAAGACAAAUUCAACAGGUUCCUCACAGGGUGACACCGUCUAUGCUGAAGUUGAGAAUGGGAAUGGAAAACCUGCUGCGAUGUUAGAUAAACUUGGACAACCUUCUACCGUGUACAGUGUGGUAGGGAAGCCAGCACAGUCUUCAGGAAGUGAAGAAUCUAAUGGGACCACGCCAAAUACCUUAUACCAGGAGCUAGAAACUCAAGUCAGCUUAGUUGAGACCAGCACUCAUGACACCAGUGGGGUUUUAAACAUGAAACAAGUCACAAUGGAAAGACCUCACACCCUCCCUGAAACUGUUUAUGCCACAGUGUGUAAGGCCAAUAAAUAGUUAUACUACUGAUCAUUUGGACAGAAACAAUGGAAUCAUUUCUGAAUAUAAAUUUCAUUCCCAUUCUUUUUUUACAAAAGUUUUUGCAAUUGAUUUCUUGUUUGUGUUGUAUUGUUUGUAUCAGUUAAGAUGUAAUUUUCUUUUACAUGUAAAAUAAAUAUAUAAUUCUUCUCUUAUU